AUGUUGCAGCUUGCACAUGAAAUUGGCAUAUUGCCGGAGGAGUUGGACCCUUAUGGCAGGAAGAAGGCAAAGGUUUCACUAGACGUGUUGCAGAGACUGAAAAAUGUGAAGGACGGGAAGUAUGUUGUAGUGGCUGGUGAGCAUCUCCCUAAUUUAGAUGCUACCGGGCGUACUUAUCGCAUCACACCAACUCCAUUAGGAGAAGGAAAAUCCACAACUGUGCUUGGUCUUGUUCAAGCGCUGGGAGCCAAGCUCCGCAAGAACGUGUUCGCGUGCGUUCGUCAACCCUCACAAGGUCCUACAUUCGGUAUCAAAGGCGGAGCUGCUGGUGGGGGCUACGCACAGGUAAUUCCAAUGGAAGAGUUCAAUCUUCAUUUGACCGGUGAUAUACACGCUAUCACCGCUGCCAACAAUCUUUUGGCAGCUGCCAUUGAUGCCCGGAUGUUUCACGAAUCCACUCAGAAAGAUGAUGCCUUGUUCAAUCGCCUGUGCCCAGCCAAUAAGCAAGGAAUACGCCCGCUUUCGGCCGUACAGAAGCGUCGCCUCGUCCGAAUGGGACUUCCAAACAUUGAAGAUGCUAACCAGUUAACACCAGAACAACGUGUGAAAUUCAGUCGACUAAACAUUGACCCUAACACAAUCACAUGGAAUCGUAUCAUGGCUAUCCUUGCCCUUACCACAUCCCUGGCUGAUAUGCGAGAGCGUCUAGCCAAAAUAGUCAUUGGCUCGGACACGGAGGGUAAUCCUGUGACAGCUGACGACCUUGGAGUGACAGAUGCAUUAACGGUCCUGAUGCGCGACACCGUGCGUCCAAAUUUGAUGCAGUCUCUGGAAGGGACGCCAGUGUUCGUACAUGCUGGACCAUUUGCUAAUAUCGCACAUGGACAAAGUAGCAUACUUGCGGACAGGGUGGCGCUCAAGCUUGUUGGUGAGGACGGCUAUGUGAUAACUGAGGCGGGAUUUGGUGCAGACAUUGGUAUGGAGAAGUUUUUCGACAUCAAGUGCAGAUAUUCCGGUUUGAAGCCUUCGGCAGCUGUGAUUGUUGCUACUGUGAGAGCCUUGAAAAUGCAUGGCGGCGGCCCACCGGUGACUGCCGGGGCUCCACUGAAACACGAAUAUCUGGACGAGAACUUAGAGCUGGUUGCAGGAGGAUGUGAUUCAAACCUCAGGAAGCAGAUUGAAAAUGCGAACAAGUUCGGCAUCCCAGUGCUUGUUUGUGUCAAUAAGUUUGCGACAGAUACAGGCAAAGAGUUGGAUAUGGUCAUAGACAAGUCUUUGUCUCAUGGCGCUGCAAAAGCAGUGGUGUCAUCGCAUUGGUCUUAUGGAAGCGACGGAGCAGUACAGCUCGCUCAAGCUCUAGUGGAUAUCACAUCUGGGCCAAAGCCAGACUUCAGAUUCCUCUACCCAUUAGACAUCUCAUUAGAAGAAAAAAUAGCUACUAUUGCUCGCGAAAUCUACGGAGCAGACGGAAUCGAGCUAUCCGAGGAAGCGCAGGAGAAAAUAGAGCGCUACACACGGCAAGGGUUCGGAAAGUUACCCAUAUGCAUGGCAAAAACCCAUCUAUCGCUUUCGCAUGAUCCGACGAAAAAAGGAGCCCCAACAGGUUUUACGCUGCCAAUUCGUGACGUGCGAGCUUCAGUUGGUGCUGGUUUCAUCUAUCCUCUUGUCGGUGAGAUGACUACAAUGCCGGGACUCAGCACUCGACCUUGCUUCUUCGACAUCACCAUUGAUCCAGAAACAGAACAAAUUGAUGGGCUAUUCUGA